UUAUUAUCUAUAUCAAUGGAGAGUGAAUCUGUAAGAAGAAGAGCGAAUGUUAUUUCAUCCCAUUUAUCAGCUUCUCCUUUUCAAGAUUUAUCACCCUCUGCCACCCACCUUUUUCCAAUGAGCUGUAGCAACGGUCUGAAUUCUGUAAUGCGGAGGUGUGACAACCGAACGUUCUUUGCUCGUCAAGGUUCUAAUUCUCAAGGUUUCUACAUGAGACAAGCCUCAACCGACCAGGUCAGAACGAUGUCAAAGGGCGUUUUAGUCAUUUCGUAUGUUUGGGUGGCCGCAAAGGGAUGUAAUAAUGCUCUUGAAGCACCUGCAUUUUCAAGACCUGCAGCUAAGGUUGAAGGAAACCAAUCUGCGGUACAAGGUUUCGUAAAUGCCGACCCUAAUCUAGAAGCUCCCAUGUUUGCAAGGCCAAAUCGUAAAUAUUCUGGCCUUGCAUCGAAGGGAUUUGAUUGGUCACCGAGAAUGGAUGUUGUAGAAUCUGGAUUGAGUUACGUUGUUACGUUAGAAAUUCCCGGUGUUAGUAUUGACAACAUAAAAGUGGAGGUCGAUGACCAUACAUUGAUUGUAAACGGGACUCGGAAAAACUGGUCUUGUGGUGCGGCGUGUUCGAAUAAGUCUUAUCACACAAGGGAGAUUUCAGAGGGUCCAUACAGAAUUGUAUGGCCACUUCCCACUAAUGCAAACAAGGACAAUGUUUCAGCUGAAAUUCAGGAUGGGCUUCUUCGGAUUACGAUUCCGAAACUUUCGGGGCUAAGGUGGCUGAGGAAGGCAUACAUGUAGGUUAAAAAUAUAUACAGAUAUACAGUUACUACUAUGUGUUAAUUAGCAAUGCCUAUUGCAUCUUAGUUCACUUCUUUUGUUAUCAAUCUCAUAUUGUUAAUAUGCACUAGUGUAACAUAUGAUACAUAAAAAGUAAUGUUUAUAAAUAAUGGAGUUUAUGUAUAUACAAAUAUUGCACUUUUUAUGAGUAUUUUCUAGCA